AUGGCAAUAGCGAUGACUAGUACCGUCGAUGAGCUAUAUUCUGAAGCAUGGGCUUGCAUCGAACAAGGUCUCUGCUAUGAUGAAGUUGACGACACCCAAAAUGCAUUGGCAUUCUAUGAGCGAAGUUUGUUGCUUAUGAAAGAAGCAUCAAAAGAAAAGAACUGUAAAGAAAGUAGGAUGUAUGAAACCGUGAUGAAAGUUAAAGAAAAAGUGGAAUCAAGAAUAAAAGAGUUGAAUGAAAGUGAAAAGAAUCAAACACAAGAGCCUAAUGUUGAAGAAGCUGAAGUAGAAGCGAAAGAGGUAAUUUUCUUUUUGAGUUUGAAAUGUUAUAAGCAAAUGAAGUGUGCGUUUCAGAUAAAAAAAGAACUGAAAAAGCAGAUCGAGCCGUUGCACAUGGUGGAAGCAGAUUUGAUUUACUUUAUACCAGAUGGUGUACAACUUUUUAUUAUUGAAGUUGGGCCAUGGUCAUAUCCUUUAGUUCGAGGAGAGACACCAGUUUUGAAAAACGAUUUCGGUGCCUAUGUGGUACCAAAUCCCGUUCCCGAACAUCCAGAUAUGUUUGUUGGAAUACUUCUGCCUAAAACUCUGGACCAGAAAGAAGAAGACAAUUUUUUUUCUAUUCUGAAACAACAUACCGAAUUGAGGACGUUGGAAUUAUCGCGACAAAUGAGUCAAGAAGAGAGGGAGCAUCUUAGUCAAAAAAUUGGAGAUUUUCUUGUUAGAGGUGGAGAUUACUUGGCGUCUAACAUAAAUCAUGUCGCCCAAGCGACGUCUCGUAUAGUGGUUGAUGGGUCGUCUCAAAUUCGUUCUUCUUUGAAGCGCGAUGAAAAACCAUUGCGAAUAAAUCCAGCUGUCAGAUUUGGCAUACAUUACGUACACAAAGGUAGCAAGGUGGUUGCAAAAUGUACAAGGUAUCUGCUGAAUAAGAUUGGUGAUAUGGGAGUAUCAGUUGGAAAAACUCUUGCCUCAGGUGCUGAGAAACAUCUUGGAAAUUCUAAAGAUGGAAUCGUCCAUGGAACAAUUUAUGUACUAGGAAGUGGUAUCACAAGUGUCAGUACUGUGUGGAUAGCCCUUGAAAAUGCUUCUAAAGUAAUGGCAAAAAAUAUUGCUGAUGAAACGGUGGAUGUGGUGAAACAUAAAUGGGGCGAUCAGGCUUCUGUGACGGCGCAUGAAGUAUUAUAUGCAACAGGUCAUAGUUCACUAGCUGCUUUGCAGCUUUGGGAUCUCGGUCCUAGGACUUUGGCAGACUUGAAAAAGUGUAGUCCAAAUGAUGAGGUCAGUGCUAAUAAGCAUUCGGUCGAUAUUCUGUUUUUUUAUCAGGAUCAGAAGAUAGAUUCCAAAAAUUCUGGCUGGAAAAUUUUUCCAAAUUCAAAAUUAGCCACUAAUUUGUUUUUGUCUGACUCAAGUGUAAAUUGUUUCACACAGUGUACUGUAUAUAGCCAACCAACGGAUGAAUUUUCCAAAAAAAUUAAAGUUGGCCAAAUCAUCAUACUUGAUAAGAUUCACGUUCAAAGAAAACCUGGAAGGCCACCUUCGUUAUGCGGAAAUAACGCUUUCCCUUUUUUAAUUCAGAUUGUUUUCCAGAUUGCUGUUUUAAAAGAUUACAUCAAUAAUGUACAAGGAAGUUUAUCUUCUGAACGAAUGUUAUCAGUGUCCAAUGUCGAUAAUAUAGCAGUUUGCCGCUUAAACCAACUUAUGCGUUAUAAAUAUCACAAUAUCGUCGUACAGGUGAAUACAAAGGAAUUUUAUAAAGCUACUUUUCAAGAUUUGUAUGUUAAAAAAUUACAGGCAAUAUCAGUAUUUGUCGGUGAUAUGGGUAAUGUAAUAUUACGGUGUUGGGAUGCUACAACACCACCCAGUUGCGCAUUUUUCUGUAAGAACGAAAAUAUAUCUGAAGUCAUACAAAUUGAUCAAGAGUUGGAUAAGCUAGCCAAGGAAUAUCGUUGCGAUAUAAUUUUCUACAGUGAACACGGAGAGUACUUAAAAAAUAAUGUCAUGCCUGGUGAUGUAUUGCUUCUUGUUAAUGUUCAUUAUUAUGUAUCUCCAAAUGACAGUAUGCUAGUCGUUCAUGAAGGUGGAAAACGUUAUAACAGGGGGUCCAUAAUUUUGGAUAAUCUUUCACCUGCAAAAACAAUGUUACUCAAGUACGAAUUUUCGGUUCAGGUCUUGGCAAUUAAAAGUUUUAUUUAUUUUCCAUACUGA